AUGAUUAUUCCUAUUCGCUGUUUCACUUGUGGGAAGGUAAUCGGCAAUAAGUGGGAGGCUUACCUUGGUUUGUUACAAGCGGAGUACACUGAAGGCGAUGCUCUGGAUGCUUUGAAUCUUCGCCGUUAUUGCUGCCGACGUAUGCUUCUUUCUCACGUGGACCUUAUUGAGAAACUUCUCAAUUACCACCCACUGGAAAAGUGAUUGCUAUGUGCUGCGUGUCCUUUUGCUUGUCCACUAUUUUUCUUAUUGUGAUCGAUUACGAGCAUACGGUUGGAGUUUGACUUCUAGAUAUAUUUGAACAAUCUUGUUGAAUUUGAUUUGCGUCACGCAGUAAAGAUGGAAUUCUUAUU